GAUGGAUCAGGGAGGCAAAAUGAAGAAGAAUAAAGUAAGAGUGUCUAGUUGGAGAAAAGAAUGAGUGACAUAAAUGGAGAAUAAAGCAAGUGGUAUUUGUGCUUGACUUCACUAGCAAGCAUACCUCAUGAGAACGCAAGGGCCAAAGUUGGUUCCAAUAUAUUUAAUAUUUCACACCAUCAGAGGCAACAUUCUCAUUUAACAAAGAAAAAACAACCAUAACUCUCCCUUCCUCCACUUCAAUAAACACUUUGCAGCACCCUCAUUGAUAAAAUAAGAACAACAAUAACUCUCCCCCCUCCUCCACCUCAGUAAACAUGACGGAGUUGGUCUCUUCUGUUGCGGAAAAAGUCAUUGAGAAGCUAGGAUCCAUUGCUUACCAAGAGAUUUGCUUGGCAUGGGGCAUUGAAAGCGAUCUGAAAAAUCUUAAGCUCACCAUGUCUGCCAUCCAAGCUAAGUUGUUGGAUGCCGAGGAGAGGCAAGCAAAAGAACGUGGCCUUAGUCUUUGGCUGGGGGAACUCAAAGAUGUGCUUUAUGAUGCAGUGGAUGUGAUGGAUGAAUUCGAGUGUGAAGCUCUACGGAAGCAAGUGGUGAAAACAUAUGGGAGCACUGGUAAAAAGGUACGCCGUUUCUUUUCGUGUUCUAAUCCACUUGCCUUCCGUUUUAAAAUGGGUCAUAGAAUGAAGGGGAUUAGAGAGAGGUUAGAAGGGAUAAAAAAGGUUAGUGAUCAAUUUAAUCUUCAGGAGAGGGAACUUGACGAUAAGCAUAUUGUCGUCAGGGAAACUCACUCCUUUGUCACUGGUUCUGAUGUUAUUGGGAGGGAUAAAGACAAGCAAGAGAUAAUACAUCUUCUGAUGCAACCAGAUGAUGAUGGUAAUGUUUCUGUGAUUCCAAUAGUUGGAAUUGGAGGUAUGGGCAAGACCACACUUGCCCAGUCAGUGUAUAAUGAUGAAAUGGUUAAAAGGAAUUUUUCUCCUAGAGUAUGGGUAUGCGUGUCAGUGGAUUUUGAUGUUAAAAAAUUGGCAAAAGAAAUCCUUAAGUCUGCAGCUCGUGAAAAUAGCGAGAAGAUGCAUAUAGAUGAGAACAUGAGUCUAGAUGAGGUGCAAGCCAGUUUACGAAACGUUUUGAAAGGGAAAAAGUUUUUAAUUGUUUUGGAUGAUGUUUGGAAUGAAAAACGUAAUAAAUGGAAUGAUUUGAAAACUUUGUUAACAGGUGCCAAAGGAAGUAAAAUUAUUGUCACUACACGCAGUAAAAAAGUUGCCUCAGUGAUGGCUUUUGGACCCAUCCAUGAAUUGAAAGGUCUUUCUAAGGAUGAUUGUUUGCGCUUGUUCUUGAGAUGUGCAUUCAAGGAAGGAGAGGACAGAGAUCCAAAAUUGGUAGAGUUUGGAGACCAGAUAGUCAAAAAAUGCGGAGGUGUUCCUUUGGCUGUGAAGACUUUAGGGAGCAUACUUUAUUCUAAAACCGAUGAGCUUGAAUGGAUCUCUGUAAGGGAUAAUGAGAUAUGGAAACUAGAGCAAGAGGAAAAUGACAUUUUACCAGCGUUAAGAUUGAGUUACAAUGAAUUGCCAUUAUACUUAAAACAUUGUUUUGCUUAUUGCUCAUUGUAUCCAAAAGAUUAUGAAUAUGACAGUGUGGAAUUGAUUCAAUGUUGGAUGGCUAAUGGGCUCCUCCAAAAGCCGGACAAAAGUACUAGAGAGUUGGAAGAUAUUGGACAACAAUAUGCAAAGGAGUUAUUGGCAAGAUCAUUUUUCCAAGAAGCUCCUGCUUGGAGUUCUUCAUAUGAAACACAUAGCCUACAGGACAAUGAUCCUAAUUAUUUUGUAUUUAAAAUACAUGAUUUGUUGCAUGAUCUUUCAUUAUAUGUUGCACAAAAUGAUUUUUGCUUGAUUGGAAACAGCAACAACACCAACAAUUAUGAUAAGGCUCGAUAUGUGUCAAUUUUGGACCACAAUUUGGGUUCUAAUGAAGUGACAACAAUGUUGCACAAGUUGAAAGAUACCGUAUGGACGAUUAUUCUCCCAAGUGAAUUUGGACAUUCUAUUAAUAUCAAAGAAUUCCCUUUGGAAAUAUGCAUGUCAAGGUUUAAGUACAUGCGGCUACUAGAUUUAAGACGUUCAACAUUUGAGGUAUUGCCAAGCUCCAUUGGUACUUUGAAACAUUUGAGAUAUCUUGACUUACGGUGGAACGAGCAUAUCAAGAAAUUUCCCAACUCCAUUUGUGAGCUGCAAAAUUUGGAAACUUUGAUGCUAGAUGGCUGUAAAGAGCUGGAAGAGUUGCCAAGAGAUAUAAGGAAGAUGAUUAGCCUUAGAUAUUUGUUGAUACUCACAAAACAGAUGUGUUUUCCACACAAUGGGAUCGGGUGUCUGCGUUCUCUUCGAACUUUGAUCUUUCACAAUUGUCCCAAACUAGAGUAUUUUCUUGACGGCAUCCAACACCUCACUGCUCUUCGCAGGUUGAGCUUUGAAAGAUGUGAAAGCCUGAUCUCUUUGCCGAGCGGUAUGAAAGACCUAAAUAUGUUGGAAAUACUGGUAAUCUCUGACUGUAAAAAGCUUACUUUGAUGGAAGGGGAGGACUACCCAACGAGCCUUCGAUUACUCUCGAUCAAUAAAUUGCCACAACUAGUGGCUUUUCCCCAAGGCCUUAAAAGAUCUGCCAGCACUUUACAGCUCCUCUCUAUUGCUCAUUGUCACAACUUGGAAGCAUUGCCGGAGUGGCUUCCAGAUCUCAGUUCACUUCAAAUUCUUAAGAUUUUGCGUUGCACAAAAUUAUCCUCUUUACCAGAGGGGAUGCAUCGCCUCACUGCCCUAAAAGAAGUGAGCACUGAUAAUAAUUAUCUGCGUCAAUCUUGGCCCAUUACAAAGCCCAGGCCUAUUUUUAUAAAAUUUACUUAUCGGGCAACAGGUCCCGCUCUGGCAUUUUAUGAGAAAGAUGGAAUACUCCAUCCAAUCGAAGUCGGGGGGGACGCAUGCUGCAAUUAGACUUCAUUAUCAACCAUGACUUGAUAAUGAAGCCCUCUUUUUCAUUUUAAAGCACGUGCAUUGACGGAAUGAUUAGUGUUGAAGGAUUGUACAUCAUAAAAUCUUUUGUUGCGGAGCCAAACAUAUCGUUUCCAAAUUUACAAACUUAUCAAUUCAGCAAUAACAUGCAGCAUGGAAAGUCUCAGCCUUCUCUUGUAUUGUAAUUUUUUUUUUUUUUUUUUAAAUAUUGUAGUGUGAAUUAAGUGUUGUAAUUGGUAAUGGAAUGAUGUGUAUUUACAUUUAUGAUUUCAUCCAUAUUUCAUGUAUUGUCAAAUUUGCACAAUGUUUCAAUAACUCGAGUCAUGUGUUAUUGAUUGUUUAUCUUUGCUUCUUGGUUAUUGGAGUAACUGAAAUGAAACUCUCUGUUG